AUGUCCCUGCCUUUGUUACUUCUGGUCCUGUCUACCUCUUUCUUAACUAUUCGAGCUGACGACGACAUUGACUGGUCAGUUGGCAAGAUCUGCGGAAUUAUUUUCGGAGGCGUUUCUGUUGGUCUUGUUAUUCUCGCUUGUCUCGCCUGUUACCGAGCAUGGAUUCGUUCCAAACACGACAAGAUGCUUUCGAAUUUCAAGGAUUCCACUUCUCGCACACAAAUUUUAGGUCCUCCUCUACCUCCACCACCACCGCCCCAAUCUGAAAGUGCUUUUAUCUACAAUCCUGAAUAUGGACCAACUUUCAACACACCAGACCCCUUCCUCAUUGCCCCGAAUUCUCCUAACCCGAUUGGAAUAAACCAAAUUUCAUCCUAUCCUCCUCUUUCUAGCUAUAUCAAAGAAAAUCCUAUGAUCAUAUCCCAGCCGUACUCCUGCCAAGCUGAACGCACGAAUGUUGUUAUGGCCUCCGAGAUUGCUGUCGAAAAGUGA